AAACAGCGUUCGCGUCUACGGGCGCGGCUUUGCGUCUCGAGCUGGCGUUUUACACGGUAAAAUGUCCUCCCUCGAUUAUCUGGACCUGUGUCGGCUGUGUCUCGUGAAGGACCGUGUUUCGGUACCGAUUUUCGAGGGUGAAGGAGACGUACGGCAGAUAUCUCUUAAGAUCGCCGCCUGCCUACCGGUCAAGGUUGCAAGAGAAGACAAGUUACCUAAAAAAAUAUGCGAUGACUGUGUGUAUAAAAUAGAAUUAUUUUAUCAAUUUUGGAAUACAACAGCAAACGCAGAGAAACAACUUUUACAAUGGCUUGGGGAAGUCAAUUUAGGAGACAAGCAGGGUUAUGUUACCAAUGUUCUCAAUCCGAGUGUAAUGAAACAAGAACAGAAUUCAGAGAACAGGUUAGAUGGAAAUGUGAUGCAGCAAGUGGGUGAGCAUCAGAACAAUAUGGGUAUGGGUAUGAUGGACAACAUGGGCUUGGGUAUUCCUAUGAUGAUAUCCAGUGCUAAUCAACAACAAAUAACCUCAGUUCCUAUGGACACAAGCGGUAAUUCUGUACAAACCGUUCAGGCAGUGCCUGGUCCAAGUUCACAAACCACACAUAACCAAAUAUCACAAAAUCAAACAAGCUCUAUGCAACAAGAAGACGAAGAGGAAAGUAGUGAAGAUGAAGAGAACUCUGACGAUGAAUGUGAUGGAGAUGAAGGCCUACCUGUAAAAGAAGAGAGCGAAGAAGAUCCCAGUAAUAGAACAAUAGAGCCUACAACCUUUGUAAAUGUUUCCUUGGCGUGUGAUGAAGCAGGUCCCUCUGGGCUACAGCAACAGAAGAUCUCAGAUAUGCCUGAGAUGCCAAUUCCACAACCAGCUGAUGGGGAUCCCAAACCUGGAUAUUUUGUGUCAAAGCUUGAGAUGCUACCGCAGGAUCAGCAGCAGUGCGGCCCGAACGAGAUCUUCGAUCACGAAGACACCGAGCACAGCCUGUUAAUCACCGACGAUCGUAUGCCCAAGGUGGAGAACGCGGAGAUAAUCAUCUCGGACGGGAUCGUUCACUGCGAACUAUGCGGCGAUGGUUUCGUAUCCGAGCAGGCACUCGCGUUGCACCUGAAGAUGCACGAACAGGACGAGAUACAGUUGCAAGACGACCAGCUCGUGUGCGAGCAUUGCGGUUGCAGCUUCUCCACGGCUACCGCGUUGCAAGAGCAUCAAUUGGAGCACGAGACAGACGAGAGUCACGCUUGCGAGACGUGCGGCUUCGUUACCACGCACAGAGAGAGCCUGAUUGCUCAUCAGAAGCGGCACAACAUCGACUACAAGUACGAGUGCGAGGUAUGCGGCGCCAGCUUCGUUUCUUCCACCAGCUACGAGGAGCAUCAGUCCAUGCAUUCCCACGAGAAGCCGUUUCAAUGCGAGAUAUGCAGCGCCACGUUUCGUUAUCGACAGGGUUUGAGGCUGCACGCGAAGCUCCAUCAGCCUGAUUACGUGCCGCCUCAAAGGAAGCACCACUGCGAGCUGUGCAACAAACGUUUCUCCAGGAAGCAGGUACUGCUGGUUCACAUGAAGACGCAUGGUAACGUGGGUCCUCAGAACGAGUACAUCUGUCCGGUUUGCGGUAAAGCUGUGUCGAGCAAGACGUACCUGACCGUGCAUCUGCGAAAGCACACGGGAGAGAAACCGCACGUCUGUGACCUCUGCGGGAAAGGUUUCAUCUCGCAGAAUUAUCUGAGUGUUCAUCGGCGCACCCAUACGGGCGAAAGACCCCACAAAUGCACCCAUUGCGAGAAACGAUUCACCCAACGAACCACGCUGGUGGUACAUCUGAGAGGUCACACAGGCGACCGACCGUAUCCUUGCACAUGUUGUCACAAGUCGUUCGCCUCGAAAACAAUGCUGAACUCUCAUCUGAAGACGCACGCGAAGCAGAGCGCGCGGCAACAACAGGAACAGCAGCAACAGCAACAGUUGCAGCAGGAGCAAGAGAUACAGCAUCAGGAACAGUCGCUCGAUUUUCAGACACCUUUCUCCCUGCUGUGCCAGGAGGUCCUCGACCGGGAAAUGAAAGUAGAACCUAUAGAAACGAUGGACAUGGAAUUGGUCAAGUACCAAAGUGACGUGUGCACGGUAGAAGAGUUCGAACAGAUCAGCCACCAGGAGAUAGUUACCGAGACGUUAGAGUACACCGAUGAAACGGAGAUGGACAUGAUAGAAGAGGAGGAGGAGGACGAGGAGGAGGAGGAGGAGGAGCAAUACGAGGAGGUUGAGAAGCAACACUUGGAGGGGAAAUGCAGGACGAACAGCAGCAGGCGUGCUACGUUCUACGAGUGCGAGAUCUGCAACAAGAGAAUGCGGAAAAAGUUGCAAUUCCUCAAGCACAGGCAGGAUCACGAGAGGAACGACGUGGAGGCAGCGGCAGCCGGACAUUGCGAGGAGUGCGACAAAAGCUUCACCGACGAGGAGAAGCUGAAGAAGCACAUGAUCAAGGUGCAUCAGAAGGAGAAACCGUUUCAAUGCGAGCGUUGCACGAAAUGCUUCAAAACCGAGGAAUUCCUGAAGACUCAUCUGAAACAGCACAACAAACGUUUCACCUGCGACGUAUGCGGCGUCUCCAAGGUAUCCGGCUACGAUCUACGUUUGCACAAGAAGAAACACAACGAGGAGUACGUGACUCACUGCGAGAUAUGCGGCAAAGGUUUCUACACGAAUCAGACACUCGAGCGACACUUGCUCACCCAUACCGGCGAGAAACCUUACAUCUGCAAGGUGUGCAACACACCUUACGCGAGUGCAGCCUACCUGAGCACGCACAUCAAGUCACACGGCGAGCGGGAGAAGUACAAGUGCAACGUGUGCAACUUUGAGAGUUUCUGGAAGGCCGCGUUGAAGGUGCACCUGAAGAUACACACGGGGGAGAAUCUGAUCACCUGCGAGAUCUGCGGGAAAUCGGUGUCGAGCAAGGCAUACCUGCAGAUUCACAUGCGUAUACAUUCGGGGGAGAAACCGCACGUUUGCGAGGUGUGCGGCAAAGCGUUCAGCGUUCGAAAGUAUCUGAUCGUGCAUCUGAGAACGCACACGGGCGAAAGACCGUACGAGUGUAAGAUGUGCCAGAAAAGGUUCACGCAGCAGAGCUCGUUGAACUCGCACAUCAAGACGCAUAACGAAAGAAAGUGA